GCCGCAUCAGAGGAAACUCUCUCUCUUACUACUACUUUCAACACUAGUCUUGGAUUUACUUUGACGUUUUGUAAAUUUGUUGAGUAACUUGAGUUUGCAAUUUCUUUUAUCCAGUUACAACAAGGUAACAUACAGCCCUACAGGAGAUGAAUGUCCUACGCCAGAGAUUUCACGUGUUCUAUCCUCAAACAACAGUGCGAAGGGGCUUAAGAGGACAUCCCCGAAGGCAUGGUGAGUUUGAAAAACCCAUCAGUCCUGUAUCAAGUCCUGUCAAUAUCCCAAUAUUGCAAGCACCACUGACAGAGGAGGAAAUGAAGCGUUUAUCAAGAGGUGGUCCAGAGCAUAGAAGUGUGGAGGAAAAAGCACAGCCAAAGAAAAAACGUGAAUCUUUACAGGAGAAAGUUUCGCCUAAUUUGAAUCGUCCAAUGUCAGAGCCAGUCACAGCAGAAAAUCAGUAUGAAAGACUUGCACAAGUGGUUACACCGUUGUACCAGGUGCCGUAUGGUCAGCAGUUGAAGAUGAAACAGAGUAAAGUCCAUGAGAUCCAUGAGAUAAAACUGACAUUGUUCACUGUGAAAAUGCAUUUACACAUAUAUCUUACAUCUGAAAAGCAUGGUGAGUUUGAAAAACCCAUCAGUCCUGUAUCAAGUCCUGUCAAUAUCCCAAUAUUGCAAGCACCACUGACAGAGGAGGAAAUGAAGCGUUUAUCAAGAGGUGGUCCAGAGCAUAGAAGUGUGGAGGAAAAAGCACAGCCAAAGAAAAAACGUUUGAAUCUUUUACAGGAGAAAAGUUUCGCCUAA